AUGGCCGACACCACCAGCCCGGCCCUCCGCUCCACCGCGAGCCUCGUGGGCAUAACCUCGACCCUCCUCGUCUCCGGCUUCAACAUCAGCACCUCGUACCUGUUCGUGCCGCACCUGUACAGCCUGGACAAGCACGCCGCCACGCGCAUCUUCGACCGCCUGUACCACGACGGCCUCAGGGCCGUCGUGCCCCUGGCCGCAGCGGGGAUCCUCUCCUUCAGCUACCUGGCCUAUAGCUCGUCCCCGCCCUCGCCCGCCGGCGCCCUGGGGACGACGGGCUUGGGCCUGGCCAGGCGGCCCGCCUUCGCCGCCGCCGCGGGCCUGGUGGUGGCCACCCUGGCCUGGACGCGCCUGGUCAUCAUGCCCGUCAACCAGAGGCUGAUCGGCAUCGCCCGCGAGGUCGGCGCCAAGGACAAGGUGUCGGCGGCGGACGUCGAGGCCCUGCUGAGGCGGUGGUGGUGGAUGAACUACGUGCGCGGCGCCGGCGCCCUGGUUGCCGGCUCUGUCUAUUAUUCUUCUAGUGGUACAGUUCGUGACGUAGCGCGGCAUGAGCCGCCUCAUUCAAGCCCGCUACGACGCAUCUUCAUCUAA